AACUUACACUUGACUACUAUGCUCCACCGAACAUAAACUAUUUCAUAUGCUUGUGUGACCACAAAAAGUUAAAAGGACUAUAUCAAAAUAAGUAGUAUUUGUAUUGUAGAAAUUUUUUUAUGAGCACAUCUUUUUAUAUUGUCACUCUUUUUAUAAAAAAGUUAUCUAUACUAACAAAAAGGGUGCAUUCUCUUAAAUUCUUUGAACUAUUGUCUUGGAUGAUACAUAUUAUUUUCACGUUUUCCACUGCUAGAAAAUGUCUUCUGAUUCAGUGAAUGUGUAUCUUUUAAGCUAUAGUACUAAUCAGUUUUAUUGUUUUCGAUAAAGUGACCUCAUAAACGGAGUAAUUUCGAUUGAUAACCCACUAAACAAGUACUACAUUCAUUCAUUCACUGCUUUUAUUUUGAUGUUAGUUAAUACUUAGUGGAAUGUUGUUGGUCAACGGGGGAAACGUUAAAUUAAAGUCUCACCAGACUUUUGGAUGGAUUAACGAGGACAAAAGACUUAGGCAAGGUAAACACAUACGUUUGCGCCAAUAAGAACACAGUGCGUAACACAUGAUUAAAGCAAAAUACUACUACUAUAGUAUUUAAGAGAGAAGAAGACACUAACGCACGCUUUUAUAACCAAAAAGCUUCAACAUAACGCGACUGCGUUUGCGUUCAAUAAACCCUUUACUUUAAGGGCUCCGUUUCCAAACUUGGAAGGAAACAUAAAAGAUCCCUAAAAAGAAAAUAAAAACACCCGUUCCUCAGCCUCCACUGAAUAUGAGUGAGAAGCUCGUUUUCAGAAGCGGCGGCGGCGGCGGCGACCGUUACUGCCAUGGAGAGUAUUUGGAGAAGAGACAGCUGUUUCUCAGGAGCUACCAGUUCUCCAGGAAACAGAGCUUCAGGGAGAAGGUUACUAGAUCUGUUAGGAGAAUGAAGAGGUUUGUGUGGACACAGCUGAGAUCCACGAGGAAGUUGAAACGCGUUUUCUGGUCUCGACUCAGAUCGGCGUUUUUCUACCGCCGCAGACGCUUUUUCCGCCUCCUUCAUUUGCACCAAGACGAGCCUUCUUACAACUGCUUCUAAAAAGGUUUUAGAGAGAUUUGGGAAACGCUUGAGUCGGUGUGUUUGUUCCUAUCUUUGAUUAUGUUUUUUUUGCUUUUGCUCAAGUGAAUCAUUGUAUAAUCUCCGUUAAUCAGAUGAUUAGUAAGCUUAAUUGAAGUUUUAGAUUUUAUCAUUAUUUUCUUUAAUUAAAUUUGGUUUCUGGAAUGGGAAAAAUCAACAUAAGGUUUAUCGGUUGAGUGUGUACGGAGAAAAUCAUGCAAGAAACGUGAACUCGGCGUUGAAUCACAACUCAUUUUAAGACACGAAGUCAGAGAGUGGUUCCUCUUUGCGUGUCCCUUGGUCAACAAGUUCACAGCUACGUUUUCCUUCUAAUGGGCCUCAGUCUUAAGCAAAAUAAGCCGACUUUGGGCCCAUAACAUAUAGCGACAAUGUAACAGGGUCUCUUUCACAUGUGGCCAAAACCCAAAAUGUUGAAUCUCUUUUUCAAACAUCUCAUGACAAAAUGCUAGUAUCUAGUAAACUUUGUUGCAGUAAACUUUUUUUUUGGAACAUUUUUUUGGUAAAAUGUUAAAUAUUAUUACUAGAUUUUCAAUUUAAAACGGAGUUACUAGGAGAGAUGCGAAAAAUAAUCUAAACAAAGAAUUUAAACUGUGACAAAUACUAACAUGAAAGAACGAGAGAGCAAGGCAAAGAACUGGAUACCAACGAAGCAGUGAAGGGCCUACUCUUCAGAACAUUUUCUUGAACCAUAUACACAAAUAACUAUAAGAAAUAAAUAUAGGAGACUUUUGUCUUUCUCGUUUGAUCCUCUCUUCUAUUCAUGUGUUCCAAAUGAUUAGUUAGUGGCUUAUCUUCUCCUUUAUCUAUUAUUUAAGAUAUAAAACUUACUAAGAUUUAAUCAUUGCACAUGGCUCUCUAUUUUCUUAUUCACUAUGACACCAAUUCUUAAUAUUUUUUUCUCUGUUUUCUUUUGGUAUGUGACAGCCAUAGAUAGACACAUAGGUCAAAUACAUGGCAGCUGCAUGCAGUCUCUCUCUGACUUGUAUGGUUAAACAAGAACUGAACAAAACUCAGAAGAUUUGGGGAUUUGUAGUUUUUAAUAAAUACAAAGAAAGAAUAUAGCCAUGUGCUUUCAGAAUCUUUCCCUCACUCUCUUUAUCAUUAAAUGGAUCCCCUUAUUUUCUCUCAUCAGUCAUCAUCAAACUGAUCCUUGUUUGUUUCUCUUUUGAUUCACUUGUCAUUUAAGUGUUUUCUUAGUUUUAGAGCUACUUUCCGACCACUUCAUCAACAAAAUCUUUGAAAACAUAUUUUCCUUGUUUUGUAUCUUCAAGACAAAACAAUAAUUAGCUCAAGAUGUUGCGGAUUCUUGGUAAGUACCGGUCAAGAUCAUCGUGCCAGUACCAAAAGCUAAGUCAUCAUCACGAGAAGGUCACGACAAAACAUAACUUGGGGAAGAAGCUUGAGGGUAGGU